CACGGCCCGGCCCCGCUGCGGAAGAGGGAAGGAGCGGGGCGGCCGGGGCGGCUGCGGCUGGGGCUGGGGCUGGGGCUGAGGCGACCGGGCGGUAUCAUGGCCGGGGACGCGGCGCUCAGGCGGGCGGCAGAGCAGUGGCUGCUGUGGGACAAGAAUCCAAAAACUUCUGCAAUAGUGAAGCAACUGGUUGCUGAAGGAAAUGUGGAAGAACUACAGAAAUGCUUUGGCUUGCGGAUGGAAUUUGGCACAGCAGGGCUCAGGGCUGCCAUGGGAGCAGGAAUUUCUCACAUGAAUGACUUGACUAUUAUCCAGACAACACAGGGAUUUUGCAGAUACCUUGAAAAGAACUUCAGUGACCUGAAAAAGAGAGGAGUUGUGAUUGGUUUUGACGCUCGUGCCCAUCUUUCAAGUGGAGGUAGUAGCAAAAGGUUUGCAAGACUUGCAGCUAGUACCUUCAUCAGCCAGGGAGUUCCAGUUUAUCUGUUCUCUGAUAUAACACCAACUCCUUUUGUGCCAUAUACAGUAACUCAUCUGAAGCUUUGUGCUGGAAUUAUGGUUACGGCUUCCCAUAAUCCAAAACAAGAUAAUGGUUACAAGGUUUACUGGGAAAAUGGUGCUCAGAUCAUUUCCCCUCACGACAAAGGAAUUUCUCAGGCUAUUGAGGAGAAUCAAGAGCCAUGGCCUCAGGCUUGGGAUGAUAAACUAAUUGACAGCAGCGUGCUACUUCAUGACCCGUAUGCCACUGUCAAUAAGGAAUAUUUCAAAGACAUACAGAAACAGUGCUUUCACAGGAAUAUCAAUAAGGAAACAAACUUGAAAUUUGUUCAUACUUCUGUGCAUGGUGUAGGUCAUAAAUUUGUGCAGUUGGCCUUCAAGGCAUUUGACCUUAGACCUCCUUUUGCUGUUCCGGAGCAGAAGGAUCCUGAUCCAGAAUUUCCCACAGUGAAGUAUCCAAAUCCUGAGGAAGGCAAAGGUGUUCUGACAUUAUCUUUUGCUUUGGCUGAAAAAGAUGGGGCAAAAAUCAUUUUAGCAAAUGAUCCAGAUGCUGAUCGACUUGCAGUGGCUGAGAAACAGGAAAGCGGUGAAUGGAAGGUGUUUUCUGGAAAUGAACUGGGAGCUCUUUUGGGGUGGUGGAUCUUCACUUGCUGGAAAAAUCAGAAUAGGGAUGCUUGUGCCAUCAAAGAUGUCUACAUGUUAUCCAGUACAGUUUCUUCCAAAAUCCUGAGAGCAAUUGCACUAAAGGAAGGUUUUCACUUUGAGGAAACACUGACAGGUUUUAAGUGGAUGGGGAACCGUGCCAAACAGCUCAUGGAUCAGGGAAAAGCUGUACUUUUUGCAUUUGAAGAGGCUAUAGGAUAUAUGUGCUGUCCUGCUGUUCUGGACAAAGAUGGUGUCAGCGCUGCUGUUAUAACUGCAGAGAUGGCUAGUUUUUUGGCAACCAGGAAUAUGUCUUUGUCUCAGCAGCUGAAAGCAGUCUAUGAUGAAUAUGGCCUCCAUAUUACCAAAGCUUCAUAUUUCAUCUGUCACGAUCCUAAAGUGAUUCAACAGCUUUUUGACAACCUCAGGAAUUACGAUGGAGAAAACACAUACCCAAAAUCUUGUGGUAGAUUUAAAGUUUCUGGAAUAAGGGAUCUAACUACGGGGUAUGACAGCAGCCAGCCAGAUCAAAAAGCUAUACUUCCCACUAGUAAAAGUAGCCAAAUGAUUACAUUCACUUUUGCUAAUGGAGGAGUGGCCACGAUGCGAACCAGUGGGACAGAACCCAAAAUCAAAUACUAUUCUGAACUUUGUGCACCUCCUGGAAACAGUGACGUCGAGCAAUUGAAGAAGGAACUGGAUGAAUUGGUCAAUGCUCUUGAAAAACACUUCUUUCAACCAGAAAAAAAUAAUCUUCAGCGGAAGACUGAGUAAAAUAGAAAACUUACUACCAUAGUGGGAUUUUUUUUGGCAGUGUUAGAAAUGCAUUGUUUAAGAAGUAAGGAUUUUUAGGACCAAAUAUCUGAGAACACAGACUGAAAGACUUCUGCUCUUAUUAAGAUCCAUUCUGCAUACUCUUCGAAGUAGUGUCUUGUUUUGGAAGGGAAGCAUGUCUACCCUCGAAGGACCAAAAAAAAAGCCAGUCAGCUUAUGAACAAAAUGUUGUCUCUGAAUGUAUUUCAAACAAUACUUGUUUAAUUAAAUACUCUAAGUAAUGUCUUGAUUUCUGAAAUGCAGCCUGUUUGGGGGGAACUUUUAUUUCUUUUAUAUGUGUGUAAUCUUAUGCAACUCUGUCUAGGUUUAGAUUUGUAAAGCGAGUGCUCCUGUUAAUAAGACCUGAAAGCCUGUGGUGAAACUUUGGCAAAGUUGGGGCAGUUGUUUCAGAAAUAGUGGUCCUUAGACAGAGGUUUCUGCCCAAAUAAACAAGGAAGUCACAUGAA